AAUAAAUUAAAAAUACUCUUCGCAUUUUCCUAAAAAGCCCAAUAAAAGCAAGCAUUGUUUAAACAGAACCGCACAGUCUAACACCGAACACGGCCGCGACACGUAUUGACUUAAGUGAAAUACUUGAGAACUUCAUUAAUACGAAUAUUAUAAAUUACAAUAAUAAUAAAUAACUGCUAACUAAACAUUUCCGAUGGCAUCAAACACCGUUACAAUCGUCCUAUACGUGGCUCUGCUGCAAAUUGUUUGUGCCACGAAUUACUGUGAUAAAUCCCUGUGCGGUUCAAGCCAACACAUCGCCUGCAAUAACAAUGGGAAAUUCGCCUCGUCCUGUAAAAAUCCCACUGCCAUCACUUUUACCCAAGCGCAAAAAAAUCAAAUAGUCAACGCGCACAAUGCCAAGCGUGAUUUGGUAGCUGGCGGUAAGACGGCAUUGAAAGCGGCCUGUCGCAUGGCCACCAUGCAGUGGGAUGAGGAGUUGGCCACACUCGCUGCGUUGAAUGUCAAACAAUGCGAGAUGAAACAUGAUGCCUGUCACAAUACGGACGCCUUCAAGUAUUCUGGCCAGAAUUUGGCAUGGAUCAGUUUCUAUAAUUCACCGGAUGUGCCGACAUUAUCGCAGAAAUCUGUCGAUAUGUGGUAUAAUGAGAUAAAGGACACCAAAAUGGCUUAUAUAAAUAAAUAUCCCAACAAUUAUAGUGGCCCUACCAUUGGCCAUUUCACCGUUAUGGUUGCCGACAAGAAUAUUCGCGUUGGCUGCGCUGCUUCCACUUUCGAUGUGUCGGGUCAACCGUACAAGGGCUACCUGUUCGCCUGUAAUUACGCAACCACGAAUAUGAUAAAUUUCCCAAUGUACCAGUCCUGUGCCACGCCGGCCUCGGGCUGUAAGUCGGGUAAAAAUUCGCAAUAUACUAAUCUCUGUGCAAAAUCUGAAGUGUAUGAUGUAAAUAAAUGGUAUUAGAAAUUAGAAUAAAAA